GGGGGUGGGAGCUUUGGAGUUUGAGCACCAGGUAGAGUCGAGAGGGAGACUGGGAUCCCAGCGAGUCUCUCAUCAUUUCCUUUCUUGGAUUCUGGGUUGGAUUUAUUUUUUUUUUUGGGUGCCGAUCGAGUACAUGUGAUGGAGAUGAGCGGCUGGCUUGGCUUCUCCUUGUCCUCCUCCUCCAGAGGGGACGGCUCCUGCUGCUGCGAGGAGGACCAGUUCGGAGGUGGUGGAGAAGGUAGCGGCGGUGGUGGAGGAGGAGGAGGAGGAGGAGGAGGAGAUGAUGGUAGGGUUGAGCUGGGGUUUGCUUCUUCCAAUCCUCUUGUUCUCAUGCCUCUGCGGUCUGAUGGCUCCAUUUGCCUCAUGGAGCCGCCACCUUUGAGGCAUACUCCUUGUGCUUCAGAUUGGAAGUAUGGUGCAAUUGCCACCACCACCGACGGCAGCUCCAACCCAGAAGAGGAAGGGCCAAAGUUCGAGGACUUCUUGGGUGGCUACUCUGAGCACACCAAUGAAGAGAGUCCAAACCUGCAGCAACCCAUCUCCCACUUCCAUGCCAUGUACCCUGGAAUCAAUGUCAACAUGCCGCCCUCCAUCAUCCCCGCUGCAGAGGGACGAACAGAGGAAGAUGUGCAUGACCCGUAUCACUACAUCCAAUCCUUCCACCCGUUUCAGGAUCCCACCACCCUCCGGCCCUCACCGCUCGCGACGGAUCCGAUCUACAGCGUGGGAACGGACGGCUCCAUCUCCAUCUCCGGCAUGAAGUCGUGGCUCCGGCAGAACCAGUAUGCCCCGGAGAAGCAACCGGCCGACGGCGUCAGAUCGCUAAGCCUUUCGAUGAGUCCUGGUUUGGGUUUGCAAUCUGUGCCUCAUGAAUUGGCUCCGGCGGAGGCCGCCGACGACCCGAGCCGCUUGAAUGCUAAAUCCGCAGCUCGUGAGACGGUUCCCCGCAAGUCCAUCGAGACCUUCGGGCAACGAACCUCGCAGUAUAGGGGAGUCACAAGGCAUAGGUGGACGGGAAGGUAUGAAGCCCACCUGUGGGAUAACAGCUGCAGAAAGGAAGGCCAGACGAGGAAAGGAAGGCAAGUUUAUUUAGGAGGGUAUGACAAGGAAGAGAAGGCAGCAAGAGCAUAUGACUUGGCUGCACUCAAGUACUGGGGACCAACGACUCACACAAACUUACCUCUGAGCACCUACGAGAAGGAACUGGAAGAGAUGAAGAACAUGAGUCGACAAGAGUUUGUGGCCAAUUUACGAAGGAAAAGCAGUGGGUUCUCAAGAGGAGCAUCUGUUUAUAGAGGGGUGACGAGGCACCACCAGCAUGGUAGAUGGCAAGCUAGAAUCGGCAGAGUGGCAGGCAACAAGGACUUGUACCUUGGGACAUUCAGCACUCAGGAGGAAGCCGCAGAAGCCUAUGAUAUCGCAGCAAUCAAGUUCCGGGGUCCGAAUGCGGUGACAAACUUUGACAUCGGCAGGUACGACGUGAAGCGCAUCUGCUCGAGCAACCAUCUCAUCGGCGGUGAUCUCGCCAAACGAACGCCGCCCAAGGACAGCAGCCCCAUGUCGUUGGAGACAGACCACCGGCCUUCUCCUGCCGUCACAAAGUCGGGCAUUGCAGGUGCUGAGGAUGAUUUCAGCGACAUGUUAUGUAACCCCAAGCUUGACGACACCUCGAACCGGCUGCUGCUAGCCGAGGUUGCACCGGUGGUUUCGUCUUCUCCGGGCAACCCCAUCUCGUAUCACAGCAUGUGUGGGGACUUCUCUCAGGCAUUUUUGUACCCUACUGCAAUGAAAUAUGAGUGUGGGGAUGGCAGUAGUAACGGAGGUAAUGGGGAUGGAGGAAGCAUGAAUUGGAUGGUGGCAGCAGCUCGGCCUACAGAACUGCCAGCAGUCAAUCAACUUCCAAUGUUUGCCCUAUGGAAUGACUGAGUAAAAGCUCAAAGCAGGUGGGUUUUAGGUAUCUUUUUGGCUUCUGUCUUCUACCUUACAAAGAUGACAGCAAUUUUGAAGCACAGUUAGCUGUGUUCGGUCUACUGGUGACAUACCCUAUCAGAUCUUUGUUUAGUAGACACUUUUGACAUGUCAUUUGCUUCAACCUUACGAUUAAGAAGAUGACAGCAAUCCAUGUAAUGAAUGUUUCAGAAGUCUUUAUCCUACAUUACAGUUAAAA